AUGGAUACUAUUAAUUCUAUUGCCUCCUCUGCCUCCAAGGCCAUCUGGGGCGAGAACGCUGACAACAAUACCAACGCCGCCGCCGCAGACGGUACUACCACCACUACCACCAACACCAACACGACCACCAACGAAACACAGGGCCAGGAGCCAGUCUCUGGCAAGCAAGGCGAUACCUCAAAGGGCGAGCCGUUCGACGCUGGCAACAUCGAACCCACUCAGACCGGCGACAACGCCGCCACAGAGAGCAAAGACACCACCACAGCGAGCAAGGGCCCCACCUCAGAGCAUCCCUCCACCACAGGCGACACAGGCUUCAAGGCCGCCCAGGCCGACGUCCGCGAUCCCGACACCAACCCCACAACUGACCCCAAGAAGGAAGAAGAGCGCAAGAAUGUCGACGACACGGGCAGCGUGGACGCGUCCGAAAACCCAGGCAAGGUGGACGGGCCCGGUCCCCGGCCGAUCGAAGACGUCGCCAGGGAGCGGGGUGGUGACGCUGGCCAGGACGGCACCGGCGCGGGUGCAGGCGCUGAGGGUCAGGAAGAGGGAAAGGAAGGUGAGCCGCUGGGUAGCAGUGGCGAGAACAAGGGGUCUGGCGAGGAGUACGUCAAGAGCUCUGGCCUGCAGGCAGACGGCGGAGACUUUGACGCCACGAAGCCUGGUGCUGGGCGUGAAGCCGAUCGCCUUCUAGAGGAGAAGGGAAUCCACAACCCAGCUGUGGAGGAUGCAAAGAGGUCAGAAGAGACGUCGGCCGGCUCGGAGUCGUCCGACUCCAAGGAGAAGAAGAGUCUGAAGGACAAGAUCAAGGCCAAGCUGCACAAGAACUAGAAUCCCCUGUGGUGCUACCGGGUUCUUUCCUAACGACAUGCCUGAGGGUUGAAAAGGUCAUGGACAUGAAUUAUGCUUUUUACGCUUUUGUAAUAUGAGGCGGUAGAAAGAGGAGAAGGCGCGGAAACGUAAGGGGGCAAAGCGCUUAGAUACCUAUCUGGAUGCGAGUGUAUUUUGUUUUAUGGCAGGAUAUAAUCAUGACCACGAACUACUUC